CUGAGCUCAGAGCUGCCGCAGCGCUCGAGCUGGAGUCGGAGUCCGAGCGCGUGAGCGAGCUGGGCGCUAGGCGCGAGCGGUGGCUGCCGACGCACCCAAGGCUCGGACAGUACUGCGCCCUUGCCCAGGGCCCAAGCCCCGCCUGCUGCAGCCGGACCUGAGUAUCUGGCCACGGCCCGACCUCCCAUCGGGCUCUGAGCUCACCCCAGCACUGCCUAGCGCCCGCGGCAGACGCAACAGCAGCUCCAUACCCAGCCCCCGCCCCGCACCCAGGACGCCAGGAUGGACGUGUUCAUGAAGGGCUUGUCCAUGGCCAAGGAAGGCGUCGUGGCCGCCGCGGAGAAAACUAAGCAGGGGGUCACCGAGGCUGCAGAGAAGACCAAGGAGGGCGUCCUCUACGUCGGAAGCAAGACCCGAGAGGGGGUGGUACAAGGAGUGGCCUCAGUGGCUGAGAAAACCAAGGAGCAGGCAUCACAUCUGGGAGGAGCUGUGUUCUCUGGGGCUGGGAAUAUCGCAGCAGCCACGGGCCUGGUGAAGAAGGAGGAAUUCCCCGCCGAUCUGAAGCCAGAGGAAGUGGCUCAGGAAGCUGCUGAGGAGCCACUGAUCGAGCCCCUGAUGGAGCCUGGAGAGAAUUAUGAGGAACCGCCCCAGGAGGAGUAUCAGGAGUAUGAGCCAGAAGCAUAAGGGCCCAGGACCACCCGCCACCAGCAGCACAAUCCACUCCCUGUCCUCCACCCUGCUCCCCAGAACCAGGGCUGUCCUUCUGCCCCUUUCCCCCCAAACAUGAGAUCUUCCUUCGCUCCAAGGCACCUCCUUGGAGCCUGUGUUAAGUGUCUGUCUGUCUGUCCUACCUGCCCGGGUCCAACCUUGUGGCGCAUAAGGGGCCAGGGCUGCGGCAAAGGCUGGGAGCCUCACCUCACCCGUGUUGCCUCCUCCCUACCCGUUCCCGCCCAAUGUCUGCGCGAAUGUAGCAUGUUCUAUGUGUUUUUAAACGAAGAUCCGAAAGAAACAACUCCCAGCCCCAACCCCAACAGAGGCUCUCCGAGGGGUCCCCGGGCAGUCCUAGAGUCCUCCACCCUACUCUUACUUCGACCCCGAGCCCCUCCCUUUUUUUAAAACCAAAACCAGGAGUUAGGCUGUGCCAUGCCCCCUCCUCCAGCCGGCCCGCUCCGCACAGGCGUCGUGUGUUAUGAUUGUGGCAUGAAGAGUGCCCCAACCCCCGUGUGAGCGUGUCCCGGGCGGGCGAGCCCGGCCGCCCCCCGAGUGUCCCUGAAUAAAGCCAAUCUGUCUGUA